GGAAUGAUUUCAUCGGAUGUCUCCCUGGGCUGGGGAUGGGGCAGGAUGAGAGGGCUGGGGAUGGGGCAGGAUGAGGUCUCAUCGGUGUCUCCCCGGUGUCUGUGCAGCCAAACCACCCCAACCAAACGCUGGGAGAAACUCCCCAUUGCUGUGCCGGAAUUUCCACGCCUGCUUUUCCAAAACGCAGGUGUUCUGAGUGUCUCCAGUUUGGCUGCCGAGGCUGUGUGGGCAGAGCUCGCUGUCGCUGUCCUCGCAGCGAGGGGACGCGCUGGUGCCACCGCGGAUUCCUGAUUUCCCAGUGUUUUUCAGGAAAGGGGUGGGAGCGGCGCCUGGAGCAGGCAGAGGAGCUGUCGGGGAUCUGCUGCUUCCCAAAACCUCGCUGCAGCUCCCGGGGGAGAUAAACAAGUCAGUCACUGGCUGAGCUCACGGCAGAGGCAUCCCGGCCUCCAUGGGAAUUUGUCACGGGCCCUUCCCGGGGUGCGAUCGUGCCCCGGUAGCGGCUCCCGGGAGGGGACAGCGGAUGCCAGCAGCAGCCCCGUGCUCCCCGUGCUGUCCUGUCGCCUGUCCCUCGGUCCUGCCUGGCAGACAGCCCGCGCCCCGCUCCCUCCGAGCCCCGGACCCGCCGGGACCAGCGGGAUCCCGGCAGCGAUGGAUGCGAACGAACGGGAUCAAAGCUCAGCUGGUCAGGGCUGGGAGCCCUGGGGGGCUCUGGGAGGGGGGACCCCGCUCCGUGGUGUCCCGCUGCCUGCCUUUGGGAUCCUUCUGCUCGGGCUGUGGAGCUCAGCGGGGUCCGUGGUCCCUCGUGUGCCCGUGGGACAGGGACAGGCAGAGCCAGCCGCUCUCGGAGGAGCCCAGCGCUCCGGGAUGCACCUGCUGCCCGGCCUCGGCGGCUGCUGGGAAAACAAAACGCCUGGGAACUUUCUGGAGGUUCCCAGGGAGAGCCGGGAUCUGGGAAUUUUCUGCCCUCCCUCUUCUCCCCUCCUUCCUCGCUCACACUCCGCUCCCGAGGUCACAAACGGCUUUAAAAAAACAACAGCCCACACAAAGCUCUUCCCUUCUCCGGGGGUGCUGGUGAUGAUCCCGCAUCCGGAGGGGACCGGGAAUGAAACCUCUGCCUGGGAAAGGCUCUGCCAGGCCCUGCCCGCUGCUCCCGCACCGAGACAGGAGCAGAGAGGCUCCGGAUCCACCGGCGCAUCCUUCCCGGGGCAAGAAUUCCGUCCCUUCCCUGCCCCGGCAGCUCCUGGCGGUGCCGGUCCCAGCCGAGCCCCGGGGGAUGUGCGGGGCACACCGAGCUUCUCCCUGCACGGGGGAUGUUUCCGGACGAGUACAGAGGGGUUUUCCCAUAAGUUGGUGGAUGAUGAUGUGAGCUGGAACAGCAUCGCUGCCACCCCAGAAGAGGAAGAAGAAGAGGAGGAUGAAGGGGACAUGCGAGCGAGGAAUAAAGCGGCGCCGGCUGAGCACGACGCGGGCUGCGCUGGGAUGCUGCGAGGCAGCGAGGGAAGCCUGAAUCACCGGCACCUCAAGGUGGGAGUGAGAGAUUGGGGCUGGGAGAAAGGGAGGACAUCACACGUGCUCCCGGGAGUCAGGUGCUCUGAGCCAGCUGGCUGCGAAUCGGGCAGCUCGGAUCCCUUCUGCGCCUUUAAAGACGGAGCCGGGAGCGAUGGGGAGAAGAGGAGGGGCCGGUGGGAGCGCAGGGGGAUUCAGCCUGGAGGCUCUGAGCUGGAGCCGAGGCUGAGGGAUGCUGUCAGGGACUCGUCCUUCUUGGAGAAACUCCUGGAGGAGCAUCCCUGGUGGGAUCCCAUGGAGAUGGAGAAACCUCAGCCUAGAAAUGCCUGA